GGACUCCAAAAUUUAAUACUUUUCUAUACAGAUUUUGUCAAAGAUUGGAAUUUUUUAGAUUCAAGCUAGCUAGUAGCUAGCUAGCUUGCUUAGUUUUUAGCGAACUAUUUUGUUGUUUUGAUUUCAUUUUGAGGACAAUGGACAUGCGCGCACUUUUGUGUAGGUAAAAGAGGACUUGCCACAGGGUAAAGUGGCUACUAAUCAAGGUUAAAGAUUUUUUUGGAAAUGCUUGUGCAUUGUUUUACUUCACUUCUAGCUAGAACAUGUCAGAUAGAUAGCUAACUAGCUAGAUGUGCAUAUUUUGCAUGGCUAGCAGCACAAAUAUCGAGGGAUUACCCUGUCUAUUAUUUUCAGGAGGGGCCAUAUAUUAAAUGAGUAUUUAAUGCUCAUUCUGAGCUACGCAGACCCAAUAGGGUCCGCGCUCUGCCAGCCAACUUGCUGCAACAUCCAACACGUUGACGACAGACCACACAUUGUACAAUCUCCCCAGUUUCCCUCACAUGGCUUUGGUUAACCCAGGGCUAUGGCAACAUUCACUCGCCCAUAUUGAAUCGCCGUCUCUUCUCUCUUUCCUUCAGGGAUCGUACACCUAUAAUUUUGAUGCAAGCUGUUCCCAAUGUCCCAACAACUUUAACAUCAACAACCUGUCCUAUAGAUGGUCAAAACUACAGAUGUUCGUUUUAGACAGGUUUCCUCACAGGGACCACCUGUUUUCAAAACACAGUAUUUUUGGCUCCCUGAAGUGGUCAGGUAGAUAUCAAUUUACUAUGGUCGACGUACCGUAAUGACAGGUUAAGUGGCAGCAGUGUUUUCCAAGCGUUUACAAAUGAUUGGCAAUGCGUAUUUGCAAAUGCAGGAGCUGGGAGCUCUGGUAAAAAAAGUUGCAAUGGAAAGAAACCUUUAUAAUUGUGAGUAAAUAAUUGAUCACUAUGGUAACAACUAUUAGCUACAGGUUUUUUAGUAUCUUUUUAUGCUGCAUGUUUUUGCUUUCAUAAUUGUGUGUAAACAAAUAGUUGAUCUUUAUCACACACAUAAUUUUUUUGUGAUCACCCUAAAAUGAUCUGCCACUAAGAUAGCCUAUAGUUAACUAAACUUUCUUUGAGGAUAUCUGAUAUAGUUUCUCUGAAACGAUAGCUUAGACGUAAACAAAUGUCACAGCAAAUCCCUAAAAUUCAAGUUCCCCUCACAGCAAACCUUGAAUUAAAAUCAACUAAUGAACACAAAGUCAGCGUGGUCACAUGGUACCCUCCUAAAUAAUACAAGAAUUAAUUAUAUUUGUUCAAGUGAGUGAAGCAAUUAUCGCUUAAAACAAAAGGUUUUCUGAUAGUGACCAUGUGAGCAAAGAAUAACGCCUAAAUCGUUUCAGAUGUGUGAUUAAUUGCACGCAUGAAAAAUAAAUAUUGAGUUUUCAAAAUCAACCUUGAAAUAAUUUUGGAGACUUGUCAGACAAAAUGUCUGCCACAUUUUCAGUUUAUUUGGUCAUGUCCGUAGCUCGUUUCAAACUUUUGCUGGACAAAACGUCCGAUAGAUUUUCGUCUUGGUCGGAUACUUUUAAAUCUCAGAAUUAUUGAAUAGUCCUGUUCUUUUCCCUGAGCAAGCCUAUUCAUAGCCAACCUGACCAUCCUAGCUAAUUUACCGACUCCUGACUUAGUUAAAAGAACUGCGUAGACAUAAAUCUCUUUUGCCUGGCCCCUUCGUUGUUGGUAACCCGGUCUUACACAAGAAAUCCAGCCAUGCAAUUCUUAACUAAUGCGGAGGUGAAUGCAGACGAAGCAAGGUUAAAGCAAAUCUGCAAAAAUGCACUUACAGGCAGAACAGACAUUUUAUCAUGGGUUUAAUUGUAGGUAAUUUCUUAAUUUGACAAAACAAUUGGAAACUAUAGCAGAUCCGAAUUUAACUGAGUUUUUUUAUUGUGCUUUAAGUGUUAUUUUUAUUCAAACAAUUUUAAAAACGAAAUCCAAGCAAAGCAUAUUUUUGCCUAUUUGCUUGUGAUGACCCUAAAAAUAAACAAUAAAUAUAUGAAAAUGACAGUAUAGUCAUGCAUACUAUUUCAGAAAUGUAGAAAAGGAAGUCAAGAUGAUCAUCCUGUUUGGGUUUCACGAUUCAAAAUGUCCCCCACUUUUCUACUGCAAAAUUAAUGCGCAACAAAGAUUAACCUUGGAGCCUAGUAUCGCAUGCGUAACCUUUGCUAUGCGUUUUACAUCGCACGUGUUACUUAUUUACAUGUGCCAAUCAUCGCACAUCAGGCCUAUCAAUAAUUGCUCUUGCUCACACAAAGGCUCACCCAAUUCUGAGAAAUGUGAAACUAGCUGGGCCAUUAAUUGCUCCCCUGAUUCCAAAAAAAGUAUUUCUGGCUGAGCAAUAUCAAUUCAUCUCACAUGGAAAUCAAUGUUCUCUUUCUUAUUAUUUACAGUAAAAAGAACCAAAUUAUAUAUAUUAAUAAAAAAAAUUAAAAAAAAAGACUUGUGAUAAAAUAUGCGUUUAUAAUCUUGUUCUAUUUAUUCAGAUUGCUCACUAAGUUUAAAUUAUAGUAACCUUAGUUAAGUGAUUUAUUGCUCUAGUUUCUUAUUGAUAGGCCUGCACCUACUCAAAUAUUCCUGAAAAAGACUGUUAUAAUUGUCUUCAUUAAUGACUUUCAUAGUGUUUACAAAGAUAAUUUUAGUGUUGAUGUCCUUAUUUCAUCAAAAAAGAUUUAUUUUGAGAUCAGGUUGUAAGAUUAUGAUCUUUACCUGUCACACUGGCUGGGUAUAAUUAACAGAACCGGAAUAAAUUUAUAUUAUAUUUAAUCUCAUUUCCAGGGAUUUUUAUACUUAAAGAUGCCUGGGACGAGCAAACAAGUGUGAUUUUGACAAAAAAAUUAUGUUUAUCAAUAAAUAUCUAUGCAUUGAUAAAGUUUGAAUGUACAUCCCUUAACAGGUCUAAAAUUAUUAAUGACAGAAAAUGUCAAAUUUACUAUUACUUCAAUAUGACAAUAUAAUUUAUGCAGCAUAAUUUAAUCUGAAAUUCUUUAAAUGUGAAUAUCUUGAGAACGAAAAAAGCUUUUUAAAAAAUUUAAAAGGACUUGUUAACCAACAUCAUUUUAUACCUCGGAUUCCCUUUGGAGACAAGGUUAGCAGCAAUAAAAAAUGGUUCAUACAGACCAUUUCUUGAAGAAAUUAUGCCAGAGCUACAAAAACCACCCACUAAAAAAAUUACAAGUGCUGUGGUGUGCGAAAAAUCGCACUUGUAAGCAAAAUUUACAAGUGCAAUGUGAAUAUCUGCAAGUGUGAUUCACACUUAACUAUUUUUUGUUUACCGCAACGUUAUAUGUUAUUUAAGCUGUAUAGAAAUGAAUUUUGUAAAACGUAUUAACCACAAGUGCAAAACACUGUUGAAUGCGAUGAUGUGUUGGCAGAUUCGCUAUAUUUUGGCAUUAAAUAUAUUUCUAGACAUUUUUGAUUUCUCUUUCCUCUGUUGUUAUCCUUACAAAUGAAUAAGUCUUGUAUAUUUGUUUGCUUACUACUUACUCAGUGUAAUGCACCAGCCAAGCAUAAGAGUAUCGGCAUGAAGGAAAGGGGCCGACUUUAAGGUUCUCUAUACUUUUUAAACGAAUCAAUCACAAAGAAAUGAAUGUUAUGUAAUCAGCAUAAUAGCCUUUUUUAUCGCUCUAUAAUAUUUUAGAAAAAGAAAAAUUCUCAAGUGCGAUAAAAAGCACUCGUAAAUCUUUUGUACAAGUGUGCGGGCAAGUGCGCGUGCGAUCACACUCGUCUCAAGGAAUGGCCUGUUUAUAUGAGCAAAGUUUCCACUCUGGCUGGAAAAGGCCUGGCUUUUUAUUCUACAGGAAAAUGCUUGAAAAAGAACAUAUUUACGUUGGUGUGUCUUUCCCAUAUAUUUUAACUAUACAUUGCUAUUCAGAACAAAAUUGAUAAAAAUAAUAGCACAGCGGUUUUAAUUUUUUUUUUUUUUAGGUUUAAAUAUUUGUAACUAUGCAUAGACGCAGUAGCAUUGAUAAAAACACGCAUUUACUUUCUCAUCAUUAUAUUUUGUACAAACGAAGAUGGUUCAUGUUAGCAGUUGUAGUUAUGUUUAAUAUCUCAAAUGCAAUGAUUUGGAUAUCAUUUGCGCCAGUUACAAAUCUCACAGCAUCAUAUUUUCAUAUAUCAGAAACGACUGUAAAUUGGUUUUCGUUAGUGUAUUUUCUUGCAUUUGUUCCAUUUUGUGGUUUGUCUUGGUGGACAAUCGAGACCCUUGGUUUCAGAUUUUCAGUUAUUUUGGGUAGCAUUCUCAACGCUGUUGGAGCCAUUAUUAGAAUAGUUGGUGUCCAAUGCUUUUUAAAUCCAACCACCAAAUUUAUUGUAGUACUGACUGGUCAAGUUUUGUCUGCAUCUACACAACCUUUAGUUUUAUCUAUGCCAACGAAACUAGCAGCUUUAUGGUUUGGAGAUCACGAAAGGACAAUAGCAAAUACCAUUGCAUCAAUGGCCAAUCCACUAGGUGUUUUAUUGGCCAAUGCAGGUUCUGUUGCCUUGGUUACAAAUCCUGAUGAAAUUAAAUUGAUGGUGGUUGUAUUUGCUAUUCCAGCUGUUAUUGGUGCUUUAAUGGCAAUGCUUGGGUUUUGGUCAAGUAAGCCACCUACCCCUCCUUCAUCGUCUGCCAUGGAAGAACCUGUGUCAUUUUUUGUUGGCAUAAGAGCAGUGCUGAAAAAUAAGCAAUUCCUUCUUCUUGCCCUUGCAGCUGGUUGUGGUAUUGGUGCGUUUAGUGCACUCACAACUAUUAUACAACAGCUGAUAUGCAAACAAGGUUACAGUGAUACAAUAGCUGGUGUGUGCGGAGCCAUGGUGAUUGUUGGUGGUUUUAUUGGUGCUGGCUUGUCAGGAGUAUAUAUCGAUAAAACAAGAAAUUAUAUCACAUUGGCAAAACCUAUGGUUUUGUUUUUAACCUUAUCAUCUGCUGCUGUUGUUAUUUUUACAUCAAUCAGAAAUCAACCCGCUCUAGUCAUCAUUUCCUUCACUUUAUUUGGUUUAUUUGGUCUCGGAGUGUUGCCAGUGUUUUUGGAGUUAGGUGUGGAGUGUACCUACCCUGUUGAUGAAGCAACGUCAUCUGGUAUAUCAUGGAUGACUGGACAAGUUGUUGGUGCUGUUAUGAUGAUAGGUGGUUUAGCUGCCGCACCUCAUUUAAGUAAAAGCCAAGUUGAACAUUCCACAUGCGUGUCAGCCAAUACAAGUACGUUGGACCCAAUUGAUUUGACACUACCUACAAUUGUUAUGGUAAUUAUUAGUUCUAUCUCCGCUCUUGCAUUUGUUAUAUUUUUUGAGACUCCUUAUAAAAGAUUAAAUGCAGAGAAAAUCGCCGAACUGGAAGAAAGCACUUCAACUGAUGAAAGACCGAUAAUUGACCGUCAUACAAAUGUGAUAUAAAUUUCUAUAUAUUAUUUUUUUCAUACAUUUGCACAAGUUUAUAUAGUUAAUUUUAGUUAAUGUAUAUAUAUAUUAAAAAUUCAAAUCGACUUCGUUCAGAAAUCUAUAUUGUAAUAAAGAAAUUUAUAAGCAAUCAUUUGUGUUUGUUUUAGUGAUAGAUUUUGAUACACUUAUACCCCAUUCACACCUAACAAAACUGGUUUAAAUUAAACUCGUUUUACUUAAGCUUAAUUUCAUUAAAGCUUCGUUUUUUUACAUAUACCAUUCACACCUAAAAUUUAAAACACAUUUGCCACGAUCAAGAAUAAAAUUAAGUAUGCUCAAUAUAGUGACUUAGACCUCUUUGAAAGGAGUAAAAAAUAUUCUCUGGUCAGAACCAUGAAUAAGUAGGUUAGUUACACCAUAAUAAUAUUUCUUGGAAAUUUAUUUAAAUGACAGUUUAAAAGCAGACCACAACAACAAUCGUCUUUUCGCUUUUACUUCACUGUAACCUAAUAACAAAGUAUUUUCAAAUAUGCAGGCUCAUGUUUAACUUGCGUACUGGAAUCCUUUUUUAAUAUAAAUGUGUAGUUAACUACUACUCCUGAUAUGCAUAACCACUAUGAUAGUUCCACCAGCGUAAAAUACACCAAAAGGUUUUUCUUCUGAACAAAAACUUAAGUCGGAUAUGAGUUCAACUACAUUUAAUUCUUUAUAUUUUGCUUCAUUUAUCUUCUAAUGUUGUGAACAACUUUCUCGUGUUGCACGAAAACGCCAGCGAUCGGCCAUUUUUGUUUAUGUUUAAACAUGGCUUUCCAUAAAACACAAAUAACACAACCUCGACAGGUUGUUUUAUUAAAAUUAGGUUUAUUAAAACUGGCUUCAUUAAAACAGUUUUUACUGUGGUAUGAAUGGGUAUAUAUAAAAUAUAUAAAAUAUGGUUUUAUAAAACCAUAUUAAAACAUGUUUUAACUUUAGGUGUGAAUAGGGUAUUAAUUAUUGUAAUUAUAUUUUUCAUUUUCUGUAUAUUCAGUAAGAAUCUUUUUUGGUAUCUUUCUAUGUUUAAAUAAUAUUUCUUACUGUUUACAUCAUUUCUAGAGUACUAUUUUUAAUUUUUUUUUUCUAUUAAAGCCUUCUAUGAUCAUACCGUAAAAAAUUAUAUAAUACUGUUCAAAAAUGUGUUCUGGAAAAUGUCUUUUUUUUUUAAUUUCUUUUUGCUUGUUAAUAUUGUUUAAUAUAUCUUAUGAUUAAAUGCAAAGAAUAUUUUGUGCUUUUUGUUCAAUGUAUUUUGUAAAUUGUUCAGUUAAAUUGGAUAUAAGCCUUAUAGUGCAUGUUGUGUUCUUCUGAUAA